UUUCAAGACUUGGACCAAACCUGGAGACUGGCUCCCUCUGUUGUAGAGGAUCUUUGUGAACCCGACACCAGUUACCAUAGCAACCAGGACCUAUGUCAGCAAGAGGCAACGCCAGCUGCCAAGCAGCUCCUGUUUCCAUGACGAUAAGAAUGCAGCAGCUUGCUCAGCCCAAACUCAGCCAGCUCAGGUAUCCUGACAGACCGUCUCUCUGGGAAGUGAGUGAGCGCGCUCUCACAGCUGUUGCAUCCAAACGGCUGUGUCACCUUGCCACGCCCAAAGCCCCCCCUUCUGCAUGGCAGCCAGACAGGCCACUGCCAGCGCCGGUAAGCAGAGGGACGCAGAAUGCUGUUGCUUCUGUACGCAUCUGCCAGCUAGCCCAGCCAAAGAAAAGGUUGGAUCUGGAGGGAUCCAGCUGGAAAAGUAAACCUGGACCUUUGAACCGCUCCACCUCCAAGGCUGUUGCCCACAUAGAGCUGCUUGCCACUCCAAAGAGGGACCACCCCAACUUUGAAAGUGACCGCUCUGUCUUCUGGCCCGUUUCCAGGGGAGCCCGAAACUACAGAGCCAGCCAGAAAAUUAUCGAACUGUCCGCACCUAAAGAGAGAAAAGCUUUAUUUGAGGGUCACAAUCCGUUCACCAUCAGCCGAGGGGCCCUCUCUGCCAAUCCCUCUCACCGAAUCCAAGAGCUGAGUUUGCCUCUGCUCCGUAAAUGCACCUCCAAGUAGCAGAACAGAUGCUGUGCGUCAGGUCCCUCGCCGGGUGUCAAGCGUUUCUCUACUCACCAAGAGUGUUGUUGGGAAAAGUUAAUUUCCUUGCAAUGUUACGACACAGCCGUCUUAUUUGCUCUGCUGCAUGAAUGUACAAAUGGGCAAUACACUGUUUAUUGCCUUCUAUAAUUACCAUGUUGGAUUCACUCUAUACAGCAAGAAAUGUGUCGCCUUUCUCUGUCUUUCACCAUUUUAUUAUUGAUCAGUACAUCCAACAACUGACCGUUGUGUAAAAAUUCCCCUUUUCCCUUCGAUAUACUAUUAGCUGUCAUUUUUGCUCAUGUAAAGCCCUAAUUGGGCGAGGCACUACGGACGUGAGUGACACUAGAAACAAUGGAGAUGAAGAAAACAGUUGGGAAAUUCAGCUGCAGUAUUUUGGAGUCACUCUGCUGCAGAAUCGCAGCACUAAUAAAGACAUGCCUUAGCAGGGUAUAUUAGAAAACAAGCAGGAAUUCGGCCCCUUUGUGCCCACAUUUGUCUGGAGGGUCUGAAGGGAGCCGAGGUUAAAAGGUGUUCUGUGUUGGUUUCAAUUUGUUUGUGUUGGUUUUGUUUCACUUGUGCUGUUGCUUCUGCAGAAACUUUUGUUGUUUGUUCGAACGUUUACAGCCACAUUAGAUGUUCAAGAAAUAAUCAAGCAACCCAAAGACCAAAACAGUUCAAUAGCUCUACAAGGCCAGAUACAGGCAUGGGUAAAGAGGGGCAAUGCCCCCUUAAAUUCUGUGACUUGUUGAGGCCUUUAAAAUAAACUUAGCCUCAGGGCUUACAAUUUAUUAAUGUG